UGGAGAUGCUGAAACCCUGAGGAGGUUGUAAGCGGUUAUUUAAGCACUAUGUAAAUUAAUAUUUGACUUGUGCAAAACCUGGCAGGUUGACAGGUACGUGUUCAAAAACGUAGACUUGCUGGAACCGAAACAAACUAAAUGUAAGUCCGAAGGAGUCAUGAAGCGCAGUAAGAAUGACGUGUUUGUGGUCUUCGAAAAUUUAGAACAGACAGACUGCCAAUAAAUUCAUGGGUAGUUUGCGUAGCGCUUGGACAAUCACUCAGCAAGAAAAACCGGCGCCCAAUUCCAAAUAGAAAGAAAGGGACCGACAGAUGACAGGAGCUGUCUGCAUGAGCAUUCUUUUCCUACAGUGAAGCAUCACACAUUCACAAUUUUUGCGGGCACUAGCGGCAUAAAUUAUGGAAGCCUCUUUCAAGAGCUGGUUGACGUCUCCGGAAAACAAAGGCUGUAUAAUUCAUAGUUAACGUGCGUAAACAAUCGAAGUUUCGGUUUCGCUACCUCAUUGUAACACGUGACGGAGCCGACUUUGAGAUGAUCAACAAGGCUCGAAGCUCGGAAGCCGUGAUAAAAGGCGGACGUGAUGCACCAAGUGAGCGAGCGCGGCGAGCUCGAUUUUGCUUUGCGAUCACCUCGGCAGUUGUUGACAGAUCCCGAAACUAUGUUGAGGCGCCUAGCACCUGCAUGGUAAGGCCGCAUUUUGUCAGUCCGUGCAUUAGCACAAUUUGCACGAGCCCGAACUCCGUAAAUAUUGGCUGGAAGUUUGACUAAUAAGCCCCGGCAAAAGUGGUUUUCACUGGUUGAUUGCCGUCAGCCUUAUAUGGUACCCCAGUCCGCUUUGGUUAACUCGUGCUGCGCCCGUAAUCACGCGAAAUCGCUGGAUAGUUCUCCCGUUUUUGCUACAUUCUGAGCUCUUCGGGAACUUUCGCUCCAUUACAUGACUCCGUGCGCACGGUGCCACAACAUCAUCCCCUAGUUACCAGCCUACAAUCGCUCUAAGCCAAAAUGUUGUCAUAUUUAAAGAAGCGCAUCGAAGAUAACCAAGGCAUAAAAGUUAGCAAGCUGCCAGGCCACCUUGCCCAACUGCCGCCGGAAGUACGUGCCAAAUAUGGUGGUAAUGAAGAGGCCAUUCGGAGCUUCAUACAAAAACAUCCGGAAGUGUUUGUGAUUGACAAAUCUGAUCGUGUGUUCUUGCGGCCACCGCCCUCACCGAAAGACACAGCACCUCCUGAUGUUGCAACAGACGAUGCUGCAGCCCUUUGCAAUGUGACAGGAAAAGUGCUGCGCGUAUUCCCAGCUUUUGGGUUUAUAACAGUAGAACACCCUAUCAAAACGACUGUUUAUUUUGAUGUUAAGAGUUUCGAAGAAAAUCGCCACGCCACUCUGACGUCCUCUGGCUUAAGUGAAGGCGACUGUGUCAUCUUCGAUGCAACCAAGUCAUUUGGACACAAGGCUGCCUUCAAAGCAACUUGUGUGGAACGCAUCGAAAUGGCGGCUGAUUUACCCUCUUCAGCGUCGCAGCCGGCAAAAGAGCCGUCGGUAGAUGGGGAUGACAGACUCCACAACGAGUCUGGCAUUAUACACACAGUGAGGCCAGGCUUUGGCUUCAUUACGUUUGGCCCGAAGAAAAAGAACUGUGCAUUCUUUCACGGCAGUGUUGUGGACAGUGCGCUUACCAAAGGCAGCAAGAAUUUGACUGACAUUCUCACAACGAAUGACAGGGUCCGUUUCGACGCAAAGCCAGACAGCAAAGGCAGUAAGUGGUGCAAGUGGAAGGCCACCAAAGUUUGGUGCGUACCCCCAGAAAUGGAUAAUGAGCCUAACUCGGAAGCCGACAGUGGUGACGAAGUGUUUAUGUCUGAAGAUGAAGCCGAGAUCGAGGGGAUGCUCAAUGAUAGCAGUGAAUUGGACUCAUCUGAUGAAGAUGUUGGGGAUUACCCUGUAGGAUGUCCCGACUGGGAAGAGCUUCCGAGAAAGCCGCUAAAUCCUGGCGACGCGUCUUCUGCAGAGCAGCCCGUGGCAUGGUGCGCUCGCCGAAAGCUUGCGGGAAUCAAGGGCAUCUUCUUCAAGGAGUCCGAAAAGGCUGGCCACAUCUUCUGGCUGGAUGGGAAGGUUGCCGCACGGGUGGUAAUCACCAUCGUGUACCACAUGAGCAGGCAGAUCAAGUCCUUCGAUGAGCUGCCCUGGAACUCGGAUAUUGAACUAGGGGUGGAGGCGUUUUUCGACGCCGUGAAAAGCGACGACACAUGGAUCGCAACACUUGUGUGGAUUGGUGAUCGGCCACCAAGACUUGGUGUAGACUCCAGUGAAAACAUCUUCAACAACAUCCUUGCUCUAGCAAUGGACGAGACGUUCACAAAGAACGAGCACAUUGUUGCAACUUGUCAGCCUAUGGCACCUUCCACCUCUGAGCCGUCGGUUGACAUAUUCCCGGAUAGAAAGGGUGUUGUUGUUACGGCAGCCAAGCGCAUGGCGUGGUGUCAAGUGCGGGAACCCUCUGGCUGCAGGCAACUUAAGUUCACUUGCCUCUACAGGGAUGGCAAGGCCUACACAGAUUGUCUGGACAAAGUUCUGCAAGCGGGUGACAUGGUCUUUGUUGACUACAUGGUCGGCAUGAGCCAUGGUAGAGAAGAGGUACACUGCUGUCUCGCGUGGCAGGGGCAGAAGCCAUUGGACGUUGCUUGUUUUGAACCGGAAGACUUUAUCAAGCUGCUAAAUGCCAGGGCAGCUGAACACAGCAGCUCCAGCAGCAGCCCUGAACAGCCCUUCCCUGGCCGAGAUGCCGUGCUGGAUGGGAGACAAAAGAACGGUCACCAGUCGCCGUCACCAAAUGCUUACGCAGAACAGAUGUUGGGCGUAGCGGUCGGUGAAGAAGGUGCUGUCGUUCGACAACCGCAGACUACCGUGCCCAAGCAGGAUGAUGACACUGCACUGAACCGCAUAUUGGCGCAUCUCAACAAUGCCGUGCGAGCCGGGGAGGGCAUGCCUCUUGCCAGGCUACAAGGCAUCCUCUCGCAACUCCCGCCAUCAGUCCGGGGCCGUUUCGGUGCAACAUUCGAAACCAUACGGUUGGUCGCAAGACAGUUUCCCGGCACAAUUGUCGUAAGCUCAGACGACAGGGUGUACACCUGUGCAGGGCCUCAUGCAUCCGCUAAAAACGAUGCAGCAACGAGCCAUAAGCCACCUGACAAGAAACGCCUCCCAAGUACCAAAGCAGGAACCACCAAACCGAAGCAGACUGGUGCGUGCGCUGUUUUAAAUGCCAGUGCAGAAGAAGUGCCAAGGUUUCCCGUGCCCACGGCACGCACCGCAGAACCUUCUGUCUCCAUCUACCCCUGCGUGAAAGGAACAGUUGUCCAAGUCCUUGACUGCAUCGCCACGGUCAGAGUGAAAGAGGCAGAAGGCACACGCGACAUACAGUUCACAAACGACUGCUUCUUCAAGGACGGCGAGGUUGUUCUGGAUAACCUCAGCGAGGUGCUACAUGAGGGAGACAUGGUCGACCUCAACUACAUGGUUGGAAGCCGGGGUCGUAAAGAUGAUGUUGUCCACUGCGACCUUGUCUGGCUAGGGCGGCUGCCAGACAAUGUACAGUGCCUGGGCCCCGACGAGUUUGCCAAGAGCCUAGGCAUCAAAGCGGCCUCCAUCGGUGUGAGAGCAUCAGCCGACGACCUGCGCAGGCAAGUUGUAGCCUGA